GCAGGACCGCCGUGGAAGUGAGAGGGGCAAAAAACAUUUUUGCUAAGUACAAACACCUUUUUCAGAUGUUUUUUUUUUUUUUUUUUUUUAAGAAAAGAGACAUCAAAUAAUUAAGAUUAAGCAAACUGGAAAGGUUGUAAAUCGUGUCAGUGUUUACAGCUUGAGAGUCUACGACUACAAGAAUUCGUGGGAAUUGUCACCUUUUCAAACUUCUUCUAAUUUCAGGAUCAAAGGGGAAUCAUACGAAUAUCUUUAAAAAUGUCACUGAAAAUUAGAAAUAAACAAAAUAUUAUUUUUACUAAAUAAAACGUGUUCUUUUAUGUAUUUUUUGGCUAAAGUUGCGUCUCUUAGUUUCAGUCGAGUAAGGGGUGAACGCGAGUUGUGUAUCUGACGAUGGGACGCAGUUUCUCAACAGUAAAACACGUUCUUAAAUUGACUCUGCAAUGUACAAGGUGUUUGAUUCGAUGUAAGACCUAUUUAGCCUGCGUCAGUCACUCUGCUUUUGGUAAAACUGUGAAAUUUAAGCGCAUUCUGUCUCCCAUAGGAUACCGUUGUGAAAGCACUUUGUCAUCGGAAGAUAAAAUAAAAAAGUUUAUUAUAGAAAACACAGAGGUGGUAGGGGAUCAUACAACCCCAGAAAUCAGACUGAGAUUGUUCACCCCUAACUGCCGAUUCUGGUAUGCAAGACCAGAACUGUGGCCAUUUAGUGACCCUUACUGGGCGAUCUACUGGCCUGGUGGACAAGCUCUUGCCAGAUACCUGCUAGAUAAUCCAGGUGUUACAAAGGAUAAGAAAGUGUUGGACCUUGGAAGUGGAUGUGGAGCCUCAUCCAUAGCAGCCAGACUCAGUGGUGCCUCACAGGUUCUUGCCAAUGAUAUAGACCCAGUUGCAACCAUAGCCACCACUCUGAACUGUGAGCUGAAUGGCGUGAAACCUUUCCCAGUAGUAUCCAAGAACCUGAUUGGGACCAAGCCAGAGAACUGGGAUCUUAUUCUGCUGGGAGAUAUGUUUUAUGAGGAGCAGCUUGCAGAUAUACUGCACUCUUGGCUGAGGGAAUGUAUCAGGACUCAUCGCACACAGGUGCUUAUCGGGGACCCUGGAAGAGCCCAGUUUGAAGGACACACAAUCCGAAAGCGUCUGCAAAAGCUAGCAGAGUACCAGCUUCCUGAUUCUGUCAGGGAGCAGAAUUAUGGUCUGACAGCCAGCACUGUUUGGAGGUACGAGCCACUGGCUUAAUCUUUUAGUAAUUGUAUAUUGGCAGGACUGUAUUUUAAUACAAUACAGUAUUGAAAAUCCCUUGUCCCUAAUGAUGCUGUAAAACAUCAUUCUUUCUACUUUAAAGAUUACAGGAUGGGAUGCUGAACUGUUUUGAUCAGAUAAGAAAGGGUUCCAUUCUUAAUUUAGCAUGCCACCAUACAAUAGGGUUUUACAUGUGACUGAUGGAAGUCGAAAAGUUACAGGUUAAAAAAUAAACUUCAGAUAUCUUUCCCACACA